GUUUUGUUCGUGUCACUUGUUGUGUCAUUCGGUAUGUUUUGCUGAAGUCAAGUUAGAAAUUAUCAAUUCAUCAGAAGUUGUCAGUCUUUCAGAUCGGGCGGUUUUAGAAGUAAAAAAAAACAUUUAAAAAACAUAAUUAUUAUUUAUUUCAAAUAUUUGAUAGUCUUAAGAAAAUGCGGCUUAUCACUUUAUCUUGUUUGUUAUUAAUAUUGUGUUACGCAGUUUAUGGAGGGAAACAUUUUAAACUUGGUAGAAGCAAAGGGGGUAAUUUAGGAGCACCGGGAGGAUAUAAAGGGGAGCCACUACCUCCAGCACAAUGGUUCAAGCAAAAAUUGGAUCAUUCAAGCCCCUCUGAUUUGCGAACAUGGAAACAGCGUUAUUUUGUGAAUGAUAGUUUCUAUGACUUCAAUAACCAAGGUCCAGUUUUCCUGAUGAUUGGUGGUGAGGGGCCAGCCGAUGCCAGGUGGAUGGUCAAAGGGGCUUGGAUUGAUUAUGCUAAGAAGUUUAAAGCACUGUGCAUCAAUCUUGAACACCGCUACUAUGGAGAGAGUCAUCCUACAGAAGACAUCAGUGUAAAGAACUUGCAGUACCUGUCAUCAUACCAAGCCUUAGCAGAUUUGGCUAAUUUCAUCAAUGCUAUGAAUGACAAAUACAAACUGCGCAGCAAUGUUCGUUGGAUAGCUUUUGGUGGCUCAUACCCUGGCUCAUUGGCAGCCUGGCUGAGACUUAAGUAUCCACACCUUGUAUAUGCUGCUGUGUCCUCCAGUGGUCCUUUGCUGGCUAAAGUUAAUUUUAUGGAAUAUUACGAGGUGGUUGUUGAUGCUUUGCGUGAAAAAACUGGUGGUGAAGAUUGUGUUGACGUUUUGAAAAUGGCACACAAGCAAAUUACAACACUUAUGCAAACUAAUCCAAGCAUUGUUGAAAAAGAAUUCAGAGUUUGCAAACCAUUUGCAAAUGCUUCAACAAAUGAUAUACGGAAUUUCUAUAAUUCCAUUGCUGAUGACUUUGCUGAUUUGGUCCAAUACAAUGAAGACAAUAGGAUCAGUGCAGAUGUUAAAUACAGGAAUCUUACUAUCAAUACGGUGUGUAAUAUGUUCCUGUCUCCUGGGGCACAACCUGCAUACAAGAAGCUGGCAGCUUUUAACUCUAUUAUCCUGGACAAAACCAAUCAAACCUGUUUGGACUACAGCUAUGACAAUAUGAUAAAAGAAUUAAGGGAUAUGACUUGGGGAUCAGAAGGAGCACGACAGUGGAUGUACCAAACUUGUACUGAAUUCGGAUUUUACCAGACAUCCUCAGGGGAAAUUGAAGUGUUUGGUAAUAACUUCACACUUGAUUUCUUUAUACAGCAGUGUGAAGACAUAUUUGGGAAAAAGUACAACGCUGACUUUGUGGAUGCAGCAGCUGCUUGGACUAACAGCAAUUAUGGUGCUCUUGACAUAGCCGUCUCUAGAGUGGUAUUCGUUCAUGGCUCUGUGGACCCUUGGCAUGCUUUAGGAAUCACUAAAACUCAAGACAAUGAUGCACCAGCCAUUUACAUUAAAGGUACCGCACAUUGUGCUAAUAUGUAUCCGCGAAGUGAGAAUGACUCCAGCGAAUUAAUUGAGGCCCGGCUAGAGAUUGAGCAGUACCUUGCUGGAUGGGUGGGCCAGCCUUAACAAGCGUUUCUUGUUCCUAAGCUGAACAGAAUAUCAAUACAUAUGUCAAACAAAGAUCUGCAAUCCUUAAGGAACUACUUAUUAUUAAAAAUAUUUACUGAACUUUUAUUCAUUUUGUCUCUAUUUAGUGAAGGUUACUAAGAUAAUUGAUAUAAUAAUAACAAGAAUCUCUUAGAAUGUUUUAUGCCAAAUUGUUAGCUCUGUAGAUAGUUAAUAGAGGCUCAUAUUUUACAGCUAUAUGGUCAAUAGUGUAGGCAAAGAGAGGAUAAGACAAAAACUUGUGGUGCAAUUAUAUUAUUAUUACGAAGGUGAUUGAUUGGUGAUAAUACUACCUAAGAUUGAGAAUGAAUUGAAAAUUAAGAUUAUAUUUUGUAGAGUUACUAUUGUGCAUGCUUUGUAAGUAAUAACUCCUGUUGUAUCUCUAAUUGUUGUUAAGACUUAUUUUCCUUAUUUUUUCGUUUUUAGGAUAACAAGGUAUUUAGUUAUUUUUAUAAAACCGAGAUUUUAAGAAAAUGUAGUAAUAAUUAUGUUUUCCAGUAUAUUCAAUUUUUUGCAUUUAUUCAACAUGAUGUUGAACAUUUUGGUGCCAAAUUAUUAUUAUUUAUAAUUUAUAACUCGGUGAUAGCAUACUACAAUAGUUUAUUUAGAAAGUCUAUUGCUAGACAUUGGUAUCUUGAAUCUCAACUUACUCGGGUUGAUGUAAAAGUAGUAAAAGAGUAUAGGUAAAAUACAGCAUUUAUUAACAAUAGAAGAACAAUGAUUUCAUGUCUCUUAGCCUAAAGUACUGGAAUAAGAAAAAGAUAAACCAAUAAUGUCUUGUUUCCGGUACAUGACUUAACUUAUAGAAAACUUACAUCUAAAAAUUCAGCAGUAUAAUAAAUAUCAUUAUGUAUUCGAUUUUAGUCUCCAUUAAAUGGAAUAUUAGAUAUGUAUAAUAUAAAUUUCUUUACAAUCUUUUAAAUUAGUUAUAUAUAUCACAAAGAGAAAUGCAAUGCAUUUUAUAAAUAUCACUGAAUGUCGUUAUAAUUUUACACAAAAUAUCAAGGCAUCAAAUUGCUUUUUAUUUCAUGAAUGAUUUCUUUGUACUUCAUUCACGUUAGUCUUAUUAUUGUAAUAUAAGUCUAUAAUUUUUAUACUGACCUUUGUAACAUGUCCGUAAUUGGAAAUGUUUGUUUAUGUUUAAACCUGUUUUAUGAUUGUAGUUUGUAAUGAAGUUCCAUAUCAGUGAUUUUGAAGUUAUAACAAUUUGUAGUAAGUACUUAAUAUAUGAAUGUUUCAAACAUUAA